CUGUCCGUCUCUCUGUGUCAUAUCUGCUCGCUCGAAGGUGCUACUUUGUUCAUCCUAAGCAACAGGCUACGACAAGCAGCAGCGAAGACAAUGGCAGGAUUCCCUCCUCCCCCUCCCCCUCCAGGUGCGCAGUACGGACAGCAAGGCAACUACCAUUAUCAGCAGCAGCGCGGUGGCGGUGGCGUUGGCGUCGCCGCUGCUGCCUAUCCUUCAGCUUAUGACCAUCCCAGCAACAUGCAGCGCAUGCCUUCCUAUGGCUCUACGAGUCGAGCAUAUGCUAGCGACCCGUACGGUGCUCCAUCAAACCGGGCCUCGUACCCUGGAGCAGGUGCUCCUGCGUUUGGUGGCGUAGCACAGCCGGGCUACCCGUCGCAAGCCUCUCGCAGUUACCAACCGCAGCAAUCCAUGCAACCCAUGCAUCCGGCGGCUAUGAUGGGGUACAAUCCCAUGCCUGCCGGUGUUCCAAGCCCCUACGGUCAAUAUCUUCCACCUCAGCCAUCGCACAUGUCGCCCCAGUACCAGCUAGCAGCCAUGAACCCUUACUUGGCCGCCACACCCACUGGUUAUCCCGUCCCACCCUACGGAGGAGCAUAUCCAGCACUAUUUUCCCCGCCUCCCCCACCGGGCAUGGGUGUCAUGGACCCGUACGGCAACUACAUGCCCCCCAACAUUGCCGCCUCGCUUGCUCGUGGCUAUGCAGAUGGUUUUGAUGCCUACCGCGGACGUGAUCACUCCAGGGAAAAAGAAGAUGGCAAUGAGUCUUCCUCUUGCUCGAGCGGGAAUUUCGAGACCGGGACAAAGAAGAGAGGAACCAGAAGGAAGAAAAGAGCCUCGAAACCACUUGACAUGGCUGCCGACGUCCUUUCUAUGCUGCCUGAAAAGAUGCUCACACAGGCCGUCAAGGUCGUCAUCACAGCCGCCAUUCGAGGAGUCACUCCGUCGGCUCCUCGCGAUCGUCCAACGGGCGCAAGAGCAAGAAGCACGGAGACAGCAAGAGGCUGAAAGACACUCUCGUCGGUGCAGUGUCGGGUGUGCUGCUGGACCAAGGCAUCGAGCGCUUCAAGCAUCGCCACGACUCAAAGGGCCCACACGGCAGCGGCAAGAGCGACCACGAGCACAACAACUAGUCAUGUCCUUCCCGGCCCCUUCCAUCCCGCACC